AUAAAGGAUAUUCUUCGUCGAGACUAUUCAACCACAAAACUUCAUCUUUGCUCAUGCAACCAUAACAUUAGGAACAUUAUCGCCUUUUCAGUUGGUCGCCCAAGGACUGUUCAGCAGGAGCAAUUACCUGCUCAGGGACAGCAACAUCGACAACAGCCUCCUCCACCUCCUGUUCCAGGUGAAGAACGUGAGGAGGAACGUCGACGUGCGGAAGAAGAGGAGAGGAAACGUGAUCAGGAGGAAGAGCGAAGACGUGAAGAGCAAAGACGCUUGGAUUUUGGAAGACGUGAGGAGGAGAGAAUUCGAGAAGAACAACGAAGGGAAGAGGAACGGCGGAAAAUGGACAGAGCUGAGAAGGAGAGGAUUAUGGGCGAAGAGAUGAAUAAGGAGGAGGACACUACAACGAGCAAAGGCGGUGUUACUGACACAAACGCUGUCCCAGAAGGAGAUGACUGGGAUUAUGGGAGCGACGAAGACGUGGAUGCAACGGACGACUAUCUCCAUGCAGACAAAGAAUUAGAAGGGGUGGAAGCAACCGAUAAAGAAUCCAUCGAUCACGGCUCAGAUGACACUGUGGCUGAUGAAUCAGAAAAACCUGGCCAUAAUCAACAAUUGGAUGGGAUCAUUAGAGUGAUAGAAGCAGCUGCAGAAGAAACGUCCAGACACUACGGCAUCGACGUUGAGCGGGGAAGGUAG